AUGGAGUGGGGCGGUCGAACUAAGCCAUUUUGGGGACUGUGUCAGUUUGCACUGAACCAUCAGGCACUGUGUUUUUCAGAUCGCCGUGCAGGACAACUGCGCCUCUGGAAUUGACCAUCUAUGACCGGAAUCUGUGGAUUUAUCUGUAAAUCAAAUCGGAAAGAGCCGGCGAAGAGUGAGCUACGUUAACCUAUGUGCAACUGCGCAAGAAGGCCACAAUGAACACGGCGGUGAAACGUUAGAGCCAUUGACAGCGUUUGCAGCUCAUUCCAAGAUGGCCGCUUCGGUAGCAUUCGUUUUUUGCUGAUCGACUCUCAAGUUUCAUUGUCUACCACAACAAAGCUAAGAAACCAUCGCGAAAUAUACCGGCUUUUAAAAAUAACACAAACACUGUCUCGAUUCUAUGCAACUGCCGUGAGACUGGGUUGGACCAGGACACCUCUGACUGAACCGAACCUUUUUUUUCUUUUUGGACAAGGUUUGCGAACUCUCAUGACAAUGCACAGAACAACGAGAAUCAAGAUAACGGAGCUAAAUCCUCAUUUGAUGUGCGUUUUAUGUGGAGGAUACUUCAUUGAUGCGACCACCAUUGUCGAAUGUUUGCAUUCAUUCUGCAAAAUGUGCAUUGUGAGGUAUCUGGAGACCAGCAAAUAUUGUCCUAUUUGUGAUGUCCAAGUUCAUAAAACAAAACCUCUCCUCAAUAUCAGGUCAGAUAAGACCCUUCAGGACAUUGUUUACAAGCUGGUGCCUGGUCUGUUCAAAAAUGAGAUGAAACGAAGGAGAGAUUUUUAUGCGGAGCAUCCAGUUGAUGCUACUAAUGGUUCUAAUGAGGACAGAGGAGAAGUGGCAGAUGAAGACAAGAGAAUCAUCGCUGAUGAUGAGAUCAUCAGUCUGUCCAUUGAGUUUUUUGAUCAGAACAAGAUUGACAGUAAAGAUGGAGAAGAAAAAGAAACCACAAAAGAGGUGAAUGUAAAGCGGUACUUACAAUGCCCUGCAGCUAUGACAGUAAUGCUUCUCAGAAAAUUCCUCCGAAGUAAAAUGGAUAUACCAUGUACCUUUCAGAUUGAAGUUAUGUAUGAAGAUGAGCCUUUGAAAGAUUAUUAUACUCUUAUGGAUAUUGCUUAUAUCUACACAUGGAGAAGGAACGGGCCCUUGCCAUUGAAGUACAGAGUUCGGCCUGGUUGCAAAAAAAUGAAGUUGAGCAGUCCAAGGGAUGAUAUGACCGGUGGCAGAAGGCCUGAUAUAGAAAGCGAUUCCAGCAGUGACAAACCAAACAGCCCGACUGCUGCUGCCGCCCCAUCCACAUCCUCCUCUCUGCCCAGCCCAAGCACUCCUGUUCAGUCUUCACAUCCCAGCUUCCCCCAUAUCUCCACCGUUAACGGAGUCUCUGCCAAAGUGGGCCACAAUGGCCAAAGUCCUUUCAGCAGCAAAGUCUGCAAAACUUCUCAUAAUGGCUCCAACUCUCUUGGGUGACUUGCUUAUGGAUGCCAAAGCCAUCAACCCCUUGCAAACAGAGCUGUGAUGUAGAUGCUUUCUUUAUAAACCACCGCUUCAAUUUUUUAUAUCAUUUUUAAAUAUAUUUGUUUUGUCACCACGUGUGAAAACUUUGUAACACAGCAUUGUUUGUGUUAUAUUUUGUAUUAAUUACUAUGGCAUAACUAAUAUUGUGAAGAUUACUGGAGGGAAACUCAACAAGAAGGAGAAUGUAUCUAGGUGUUUUUAUAAACUCUGUCUUGUUCAUUUUAGAUUAGAACAUCAAUGUAUAUAAAUAAUUUCCUUGUCCAUGAAGUCUUCAAUAAAACACAUGGAGGCACACGCAAUGUUUUGAUUAUCCAGAUUGUAUUGAUUUUAUUCGGGUGAUAUGUGUAACACCAAACUAAAUUUGCAAAGGGCAGAAAUUCAGCGUCAGUAUUGUCUUGGAUAAACCCAGAAAGUGUCAUU